AUGACUGACUUAGUUCCUCUUCUACCGGCUCUUGUGCCCUUUUCUGUUUACGUAUACUUUAAACUGACGGAUUUCUUAGUUCCUCUCACAACCGAUCGCUUUAGUCAAGAAUAUGAUUACAUCAUCGUUGGAGGAGGAUCAGCUGGUGCUGUUAUGGCAAGUAGGUUAUCAGAAGAUCCGUCAGUAACGGUUUUACUUUUAGAAGCGGGUGGUCUUGAAAACAGUGCUACUGAUGUACCUCUAUCUGCACCAACGUUACAAUUAAGCCCAAUUGAUUGGGCUUACGAAACUGAACCUCAAGAAGCUUCGUGUUUUGGACUGAAAGGAAGGCGUUCAAAAUGGCCGAGAGGAAAAAUUUUAGGUGGUUCCAGCGUAUUGAAUUACAUGUUAUAUGUCCGAGGGAACAAGAGGGAUUACGACAAUUGGGCAAGAAAAGGGUGUUACGGUUGGAGUUGGAACGAAGUCUUUCCUUAUUUCUUGAAAUCCGAAGAUAAUCGUGAUCCCAGCCUGGCUUUUAAUGGAUUUCAUAAUACUGGAGGAUAUCUGACAGUAUCCUCUCCGAGUUUCGCUACACCUUUAGCACACGCCUUUGUAGCAUCUGGUAAAUAUUUGGGAUAUCCGAAUGUCGAUAUCAAUGGAGCAAUUCAAGCCGGGUUUACAAUUCCUCAAGGUACAAUACGUAGAGGAGCAAGAUGUAGCACUAGUAAAGCAUUUCUUCAACCUGCUAAACAUAGAAGAAAUUUACAUAUUGUAAUAUUGGCUUACGUUUUGAAGAUAUUGUUUGAUCAUACAAAGAGGGCUAGAGCUGUACAAUUUGAUAGAUUGGGAUAUAUCCAUACAGUGAAAGCUAGAAAAGAAAUUAUAGUAUCAGCGGGGGCUGUCAAUUCUCCUCAAUUGUUAAUGUUAUCAGGCAUCGGUCCUAAAGAAGAGUUGCUCAAACACGGGAUUCCAGUCAUAGCUGACUUGCCUGUAGGAUUAAACCUUCAGGACCAUAUUUAUCCACAAGGAAUACAUUUUCUAGUUGACAAGCCAAUAACUUUAACUGGUGAUCGAUUAAGGACGUUUCGUAAUUUUGUGAAAUUUAGUAUCGCUGGAUUAGGUCCGUGGGCCGUACUGGGUGGAGUAGAAGGUCUGGGAUUUAUUAAAACAAAGUAUGUCAAUCAAAGCAAUGACGCUCCUGAUUUCGAGAUACACUUCACUAGUGGUUCCCCAUCAUCAGAUGCGGGACAAGCGUUUCGCCAUAUUUUGGGACUAAAAGAUGAAGUCUGGAAAAAAAUGUAUGAACCUUUUUCCUAUCGCGAUUCAUUCUCCUUACUUCCUGUAAUGCUUCGCCCUAAAAGUAGAGGAUACAUUAAGCUUCGAUCUGCGAGUCCUUACGUCCCUCCCAUUAUACAACCGAGAUAUCUGACUCAUCCUUACGACAUUGCAACAAUGGUUGAUGCUUUGAAAAUUUGCAUUGCCCUUUCUCUAUCGCCUCCUUUCAAGAAAUACGGAGCACGCCCAUUUCCCGUACCUUUUCCAGGAUGCGAACAUUAUGAGAUGUGGUCAGAUCCCUAUUUGGCAUGUGUGUCACGUUCCUUCACGUGUACACUGUAUCAUCCUGUAGGAACGUGUAAGAUGGGAGCACCCGAUGAUCCCACAGCUGUUGUAGACCCUUUUCUCAGAGUGAAAGGUGUGCAAGGUCUAAGAGUGAUUGAUGCGUCUAUAAUGCCCGAAAUCGUUUCCGGAAAUACUAACGCUCCUGUCAUCAUGAUAGCAGAGAAGGCUUCAGAUAUGAUUCGGAGUAUGAAUUCCCUGUAUGGAAAGUGA